UUUGGCGCGCACGCGAGCGUCCUUUCUCUCGAUGACGCCACAGCGAGGGCCCGCGAGCGGCAACACCAACCUUCAAGUCACCUUGCGGCUCAUCGGGGCGCCACCAGUGGUGCCGGUGCGGUGUGCAUUCUCUGGCGCCAACACUUCGUGGGUCGUGCCAGCGUCCGCGUCGUUGACGGCGUCGGUGCUCCGUAUCUCGUGCCCCACGCCCUUCUUCGACUUAGCUGGCCCAGUCCAUGUUGCUAUCGUCUUGGACGAGCUCGACACUAUCCGCGUUUCGGUACCGUUUACGGUGUACGCCAUCGUCGGCACCGACACGCCCUGGCAAGCGACGCCAACGGGGGUUGUUUCUCGGGCGGACGCCGUGAUGACGGUCACCGGCUUUGGCUUUGACGUUGUUGACAGUACCAUGCCACUUCUCUGCAACUAUUCGGGCAUCGGUGUCACGACGGCGACGCUGCGGACGUCAUCGACGCUUUCAUGCCCAGUCCCGAUCAACACAUCGACAGACGCACAGGCAAGCACGCUCCAAAUUCAGCUUGGGCAAGGUCCAGCCUUGUGGUCCGUCCCGUGCGCCGUGUAUCGGCCCCUCGUCAUUCGCACCAUGACGCCGACGACGGGCCUUGCGGGGACUCGGGUGACGCUGCAGCUCGAGUCGACAUUGAUGCCGCUGACGUCUCUCCAGUGCCUUUUUGGAUCGAUGGUGGUAGCUGCGCAUCUCACCAAUGCGACGACCGUCGAGUGCGUGGCGCCGCCGGUCGCCGCCGUCAUGUCGCAGGCUGUGACGUUGCUCGUUCAAGGGCAGCAGGCGACGCUGGCGCCGACGUUUUUUACGUACCAGGCACCGUCGUUGAUCACGUCGUUGCAGCCGGCUGUUGGAACGGCUGGUGCACACGUCGUUCUGCAAGCAACGACCAUCUCGCCCGGCACCGUCGUCCUCUUCAACGGCGUUCCGGCGACGACAACGGUGCUCAAUGCAACCUCGGUAACGUGUACUGUUCCUGUCCUCAACAUCGCUUCACGCAGAACGACGCUACUCGCAAGGAUCGCGUUGAGUCUCAACGGCGCCGUCUACAGUCUCAACACUUUGGCGAUUCACUCCAGCGCCGGGUGGACGGCAACGGCGAUGGCUCCUACCGUUGUGCCGACAUUGGGUGGUCGUCGUAUCAUUUUUACGAUCGACGUGGUGGAUAUCCCUCCGCCAACCAACCAGCUUGCGUGUCGAUUUGGGGACGCGCCUGGCGUCACCACGAGCGUCGAGGCCUUGUCCCCAACUAAUGUCGCGUGCGUCGCGCCAUCGUGGCCAACGACUGGGACGGUGUCGGUGUCUCUUAUGCUGCAAAAUGUCACCUUGGGCGCGUUUCCAUUGGUAUUUAUGAACAUCACCAAUGCGACGGUCACGCUCGUUUCGCCAUCGUCCGGGCGUCCGGGCGCCAGUCUCUUGUUUCAACGUCCGUCACCUGGGAAUGCGAGCGUGUAUGCCUGCGUCUUUCAGUUUGUAUCGGGGGACAUCGUGCGACCAAUCGCAGCGUUCAACGACACGACUAUGAAAUGCGAGGUGCCGACGCUGCCACCGACAGUCGUCGCGCCCGUAACGACCCCGGUCGUCGUCCAAGCGCUCGGCGUGAUUGUCUUGUCCACGCAGUAUACGAUCGUCGCACCAUUGAUCGUCCUCGAGGUGUCUCCAUCGUGUGGGUCCGUCUCGACGCUUCUCCGCGUCUAUGGCUCAGGUUUUCAACUCGACGGUGCUUACGACUGCGUCUUUGCUACGGGCGCGACGCGUGCAAUUGUCUUCAGUGCAUCCGAAAUGUCGUGUUGGCCAUCGGCGGGCGUGAGCACGGACUCGUCACUCGCCAUCUUGGACACGAGGACGAACGAGUCGGUGCUCGCACCGGGCGGGUUCACAGUUGUAUCACCGCCACGCGUGACCGCCGUGCAAGCGUCCCAAGACGUCGUGUUUGUCAAAUGCAGUGUUCCGGACCCCGUACCGUCCUCCCGUAUCUUCUGCGGCUUCAACAAUGCCACGACGCAAGUCGUCGGAUCGUGGCACGCGGCGGGCACGGUGGCAUGUCCUCUUCUCGAUGCUGGGCAGCUGACAGCGAUUACAUCCGUCCUGCUGAGCUGGAACGGCCAAGAGUGGAGCUCGGGGUUUGCAUGGUCGGCCCCACGCCUCCUCGAGCUCUCUGCGACGCGCGUCGCCGCUGGACAUUGGUUUUCAAUGACGGGCGCGGGAAUGGCACCACCGGGUGCCGCAGUGUGCUGGAUCGGUGCCUUUCGCACAUCAGCGAUCAUUGAGUCUCCGUCGCGGGUCCUCUGCCAGGCGCCCAACACGUCGACGUCGCUGCAGAAUGUGUCUGUCACCAUCAGUUUGGACGGCGGUGUGUCGCUACUGGCGUCCAACCUUGUCGUGUCGGUGGCGGCCGCGGCGCGCAUUUCGGCCGUCGUCCCGAGCUUUGCAACCACCCGUGGCGGAGCUCUCGUGUCGGUGGUCGGCACUGGCUUUCCCGAAUCAAUUGUGAACGUGUCGUGCCGCUUUGGUGAUGUCCGUACCCAAGGCAUAAUGAACGGAACGACUGCCGUUCUGUGCUCGACGCCGCUGACUGCCAAGCCUGGUGUCGCCGCCCUCUCGCUAGAAUGGCUGUCGAGUGAGAACGAUGAUAUGGCGACCAACAGCGUCGGGUUCGAACUGGUACCGGUGCCGAUCGUAGCAAACAUCUCGCCACGCGUAGUCGCCACCAACCACUCUACGCCAGUGGUCGUCUCGGGCACUGGGUUUCGAGACGCGUCGGUCUUGCAGUGCGUGGCCAUCUCGGAUGCUGCGGUGGCACAACCACUUGUCACACAGUGGCUCAACAGCUCCAGCAUCCUCUGCAUCUUCCCGCCUCUCUCGCCACCGCAACGUGUGACGCUGCGCAUCACGAUCAACGGCCACGAGGGCUUUGAAGCGCCGCAUCCGAUUGUCGUCGCCGUGCCACCGACGCUAGCGCGCUGCCCUCUUUCGUCCGGUGUGGAAGGCUCUGCUCUCGAGUUGCACUUGGCGGAAGCAUCUGCAUUCCGAACCGCGUGUCAGUUUGACGCGGCCAAUAUCUCGGUCGUAUCGCCCGCCGCACGAGCCAAUGGGACGCUCCUCGUGUGCACUGCACCGCGUCUGCCAUUGGGUGUCACGGCGCGUCUGUCGCUCUUGCUCGACGAUUCGACCGUGGUGUCGACGCCAUGCUUGUUUUCAACGACUGUCCCGGGUGCCAUCGUGCGAACGGUCCCUCUCAGCGGUAGCGUCGCUGGGGGCACCCAACUCUUUCUUCAUGGCACGUCGCUGCCCACGGCACCUGGCAACUGUACUUUUGAUUUUGGCUACCAGGUUCUCGAGGUGCCGGGCCAUUUCUGGAACAAGUCGGUUGUCUCGUGUGUCGCGCCGCCCGCACCGGCGUCGCAACCAACCGUUGCCAGCGUCAGUGUCGCUGGUGUAUCGAGCUCAGUCGCGUUUCGGUACGUAAUCGAUCCCAAUGUAGUUGCUAUCGUGCCGACGAACGGCGUACCUCGAGGCGGCACUCUCGUCACGCUUUACGGCACCGGGUUUAUUGACACGCAUCUUUUGCAGUGCGUCUUUGGAUCCGCGGUUGUGCCAGCACAGUGGGUGUCGCCGACGACCAUUGCUUGCGUCGCUCCCUCGAUGCUGGACGCAGGGUCGGCUACCGUUUUGAUUGCGCUUCGUCUCAAUGGUGUCGACGCUCUCGUGUCGAGCAUCUCGUACACGUACGCUGCGGUGCCGACCAUUGUCGCGCCAGUGGUCGCCACGGGCGGCACAGGCCUAGUACUCGUGCUUGACUCGUAUCUCGGAAGCGACGACCUAACGUGUCUCUUUGACGCGACUCGCCUUGUGCCUGGCUUGGUGGUGAACCGCUCGCAUGUGGUCUGCCCCCGACCACUCGUGUCGGUCACGACCGUCGCCGUCUCGAACAACGGCCGCGAGUUCUCGCCGCCAGUCGACAUUGCUGCGUCCACACUAAGGCUGGCGACGCUGCAGCCACGUGUUGCUCCGUAUGGAAGCGCGGGGCUUGUCACUCUGCACUCGACCUUCAACCGCUCGAUGGUGUACACGUGUGACGUGGAUGCUACCCUCUCGCUUCCGCUAACAGUACUCAACGCCACGACAGGCACGUGCAUUGUGCCAACGACGGCAGUUGCAACGAGCCAUAAGAUUGCUAUAGCAACGGAUGUGCUCGUCUCGAACGCGCUCUUGUACUGGCUUGUCCCGCCGCCAUCCGUGGCGGCCAUUGCGCCCGUCGUCGGCGUCAAUACCGGUGCAUCCUCCGUGCUUCACGUAUCGGGUACCGGGUUUGUCGACGUCGGAGACUACGUCUGCUACUUUGGCGAGCGCUAUUCGUCGAUGGGGCGCUGGCAGUCGACGACCCUUGUCGACUGUCCCGUCCCGUUGCAACUGUCGCUUGGCGAGUUCGAACUGCAGCUAUGGUUUAGCGGCGAACGUGUCGCAGGCCCAAACACGAUAACGUAUAGCGUUCUGCCGGCGUCAACGCUCUCCGAACUCACCCCCGUCAACGGCGCUCUGCAAGGCGGAACGACGAUCGAGCUACGUGGCAGCGCAUUCCCGCCUACCGCCACAUGCCUCUUUGGCCAUCGCACGGUUGUCCCGACGUCGCAGAAUGCCACGUAUUUAGCGUGUACCUCACCCAUGGUUGCGUCACCCACUACGGUGGCAGUCGCCGUGGCAUUGAACGGUGUCCUCGUGAGCGCAGCUCUCUACUACACGUACACGGACCCGCCCAUCUUGAUACACCUCGUGUCGCCCGUGGUUGUGCCCCGUACGUUUCCAGGUCCGAUUCGGGUGCGAGUGGCCGAGGUGAGCCCACUUGACACGGUGCUCUGCCGGUACCACGCAGAUUCCGUCGCCUGGACGGUUGUCGGUGUCAUCGAAGGCGCAACGACCGUGUCGUGUCCGUUUUCUGAGCAGCAAAGUCAUCCCGGUCGUUUAGAGCUCGCCUUGUCGUGGAACUCCCACGACUGGAGUUUGCCGCUGGCGUUCGACGUUGCGCCGCCGAUGCUCUUGUCGCAUUUGGCGCCGACCACCGCGUUGUACCCGCUCCCGCCCACGGCGAUGGUCCGCGUCUUUGGCUUUUCGCUUCAAGCGUUUAGCUGCGCGUUUCAAGCAGCCAGCACGGGCGGCAGCACCCUCGUGGCAGCCGUGACGUACUCGACAACGGCACUCGACUGCCCUAUUCCGCCACAGCUUGUACCUGACACGUACAGUGUUGCAUUGACGAGCGCCGACGGCACGCUCUUGUCAGCCAAUGAGCUCGGCUUUGUCAUCGCGUCGUCGCCAAGCGUUGACGUUGCGAGCCCGACCGGUGGAGACGUGCGAGGGUCAACACCCGUCGUCGUUCGCGGCGCCGGCUUUCGAACACUCUCGGCUGGCUUUUGGAAAUGUCGGUUUGGCGAGCUGACGACUUCUGCAACGAUCGUGGACGAUAUGACUCUGAGCUGUUUGGCACCGGCUAUCUCGGCGCCACAGACGGUAUCGCUUGCAAUCACGUGGGGCGACCAGCGUGUCCAAGACGGCUGGCGCUACACGUACUACGACGUCCCACGCAUCGCCAGCCGUCAACCGUUGCGUCCAGUGACAACAAACGUGUCGACCUCCGUACUGAUUCUGGGCGACGCCUUCCCCGUGGCCCAGUCCUCAAGCGUGGCGUGCGGUCUCGGGACGCAGCCACCAUCAACGAUACCAGCUGCGUACAUCAAUGUGUCGACACUCGUGUGCCACCUCCCCGCUGUGCCGAUCGCCGGCGCGUACGACCUAUGGGUGCUAUGGAAUGGCGUUGAUGCGUCGUCGUCGGUGCCCCUCGAGGUAGUACAACCGAUGACGCUGCGUGCCGUCGUUCCGGCCGUCGGCUUUACAGCAACCGAAGUCCUCACGCUUCUCGGUGGUCCGUUUCGGCGACAAGACCCGGUCGAGUGCUUCUACCAAGGCAUGUACGUCAUCGGGACGGUGCUCAAUGCGACCGCCGUGUCGUGCAGCGUACGAUGGAACUCUGGUCCGUCAAACGUUGCGAUCCUGCUGACGAGCAACCGCGUGACGUUUUCAAAUGCCGUGUCCUUCUUGUACGCACCGGAUGCCCGGGUGCACGGUAUCGCGCCUCGCGACGGCGUCGUCGGGCACCGAACGACCGUGCGUCUCGAGGGUUAUUUCCCGACGGCGUUGCGCGCGUCGACGCUCGCCUGUAGCUUUCAAGGUGCGCUCUCGCCGGCGCUAGUGCUCAACCCAUCCGCGUUGCAGUGUGUUGCCCCAGCCGUUGCAACGGCGACAACGGUCGCGGUCUCGCUUGUCUACGAAGGGCGGGUCAUUCCGUCGCCUACUGUGUUGACGAUCCUUCCCUCCGUCUCGGUCCUUGCGACGUACCCGGCUUUUGUGUCGUCGUCGGCCGUAUCGCCAGUGUCGGUGGUCUUGACGUUCGACAAGGAUGUAUCAGCAUACGGGCUAACAUGCCCGAACGACGUACCGCUCGUCGUGUUAAGCAACAGCACUGGUGGCUGCUCCAACUUAUCCUUUGGUCAGCUGCUGGGAUCCCACGAGCUGUGGCUUGCCAAGAACUUCGAAAGCAUAGCAAGCUUCAGUGUCACGGUGCUGCGCCCAAUCGCAUCAUUUGACGUUGGUCCAAACUUGAUUGGCGAAGCUGGCGGCACCUUGCUGCGCAUCACAGCCACCCCAGCGCCGCCACAACUGUCGUGUCGCAUCGAUGGCGAGAUCGUGUCGGGUCAUCGACGACCCGAUGGAACCUUUGUCUGCGCGGCCCCACCGCAUGCGCCCGGUGUCGUGUUCGUCGACGUCAGUUUCGAUGGCUUUGCUUCGUCAAGCGCUCCACGACCAUUAACGUACCUCGCACGUGUGCAGCUGCAUUCGAUUGCACCGUCUUUUGGUCUCGUGGCGCAGUACCAAGACGUUGUCGUGCGCGGCACCAACUUUGUGGAUGCGACGAGCUGGUGCUGUCACUUUGACGCUACAGUCGUCCGUGCUCGCGUGCUCAACAGCUCGGCGCUGCAGUGCACGGCACCGCCGCUCCUGCACGAAGCCAGCGUCCGAGUCAGUGUGAGCUGGAACGACGACGAACGCGCCUCCACCUUGCUUGCAUUCGAGGUCCUCGCCUUUCCUACGCAAGUACAGGCGGUGCCGUCGGGACCAAGCGGGUGGACAAUCGCUUUGGAUGUCAAUGCGUCGGUGCGUGCGUAUGAGUGCGCCAUUGCUUCGUCAACUGCAACCACGCCGACGAUGGUAACCUCGACGUACGACCGACCGAGCGUGCUGCGCUGUCCGAGCGCCGGUCUCGAUGCGCCCAGCGCCUUGACUUUGUGGUACAACGGCGCGCCGUUGCCGUCGACAGUGGUGCUCAUGACCGAUCCGUGCCAGAGAAUCGUUGUAAGCGACUCGAUGGUCACUGUGGACGACCCUCUCGUGACGUUCUAUGGGCAGUACGGUGCAUCGGUGCCACUGUUGUGCGCCGUCAACGAUGCCGACCGCGUACCAGCCAUCAGCGUCGAUGCGACGUCGGUGCAAUGUGUCUUACCGUCCACGAUGAUAUCGCCGAAUGUGACGCUGACGUUAUGGUGCAACGACCGACCAGUGCACACCAAAACCGUAGCGCGAUCGCUCCCAGCCUCGAUUCUCUCCGUGUCCCCCAACGUGACAGCGUCGUACGUCAAUUACACUGGGAGUGUGCUCUUGCUGCGAGGCGUGCGGCUCGCAACUGCGUCGCCCGUCUUCUGCAACUUCAACCGCACCAUGUCGAUGCCCGUUGUUGCCAGCUCGGAGAACACGGCGCAGUGUCAAGUACCCGUGCUUUCGACGCUAGGUCACGUCUCAUUGACACUCGAGACGGCGUCGGGAGCUCUUCUGGCGGACCACUCCUGGACCGUCGUGGCACCGCCCGUGGUGGUAAGUGUCUCGCCGCAAGUCGUGCCGAUGGGGUCCUUGAUCCAUAUAUCGGGCAGCCACCUCGGUCCGACGCUGCUUGUGAUGUAUGGUGCGUCGUCGUCCAGCUUGUCAUGCGCCGUGGUGUCGGACUCCGUCGCAGAAUGCCCCGUGCCGACGACACCAGGGACGUUUGCGAUCGCCUUGUCCACCACAGAUGGGUUUCAGUUCCAACCUAUCGCAGACGUUGUCGUCACCGUCCUGACAAGCACGGGCGUCGUGACGACCAUGACGCCAACGUUGCAAGUAGCCAACCAGACAACGUCGCUUGUGUUUGAAGGCUCUUUAUUGGCCACAAUGAAGCUGCUGGCAGGACCGAGAGGACCCCGAAUGCAGUGCCGCCUCCAAGGCCCCGUCGAGAUGUACGUGGCCGCGAUUCUCGACUCGCAAGAUCGCAUUGCCUGCAGCGUCUUCAUUGUCCAACCCGGUGUUUACAACGUCUCGGUGGUUGUUUACAACGUCUCGGUGGUGCCCAUCUUUGCCGAUACCGUCUUCGAGCUUCAUGUGGUGGCGGCCCCACGGCGCAUCUCGAUGACGCCAUUGGUUGCCAAUUUGGAUGGGUCGACGCGGGUCACGUUUUGCGGGGCGCCGUCGUUGCCCUACAGUCCUCGAAUGCACUGUCUCUUUGGUGCGGCCACCGCUGCUGUCUCAGUAGCCAAUGCGUCCUGCGUGUUUUGCAUGGCGCCUGCGCAGCCCUCGGGCAGCCUUCCGGCGGCAUUGUACCUCGACGUCGACGUUCCCGUCUCGCACGAUGGUCCCUUUUCUAUACAGUACAUUCAAGAGCCCGCGAUCGUUCAUGUCGAGCCAGUUGUUAUCGCAUCGUCGACACCAAGUACUGUCGUCGUCUCCGGCUGGGCCUUUCCAAACGAAUCCGUCCCGCUCAUGUGCGUGAUUCAAGUGGUCGACAAGGUCGUCACUACCGUAGCUGCCACCAACGUCACGAGUCGCCGUGUCCUCUGUGCGUUGCCUCCGCUGCCAUUCGUCUCGACGGUUCAUCUAGGUGUCGCCAUUGACGGGGUUGUCUACUCUAAUGUGGUGCCAAUCACAGUGCUGCCAGAGUGGAACACGACGCAGUGGCAGCUCGAGCCCGCGACGGGACCCCUCGGGGGCAACUACACGGUGGCCAUCCGUGGCCGCGGCUUUCCCGCCGGCAUCUCGGUGCAAUGCAUGUUUGGCACGGCCAUCGUUCCGGGUAUAGUCGUGUCGCCAGAGCGCGUGCUAUGCCAGGUACCACGUACAACUGUGCAGCCCAUGGUGCCGCUCUCCCUUGUCUUUGGCCCCGCAGUUGUCAAGACUGCACUCGUUUUUACGUUCACGACGCCUCCGGUGGUGUUCACAGUCCAGCCAAGCUUGGCCUGGGUCGCCUCGUUUCAGAUGUGGGCGCAAGUGCACGGUGCAGCGCUCAACUUUGCACAGCGCUGGGAGUGCAUCUUCGGGACUGAUCGUGUCGCAGCCGUCCAUCUCUCGCCCCAGCGCCUCGCAUGUCAGGCGCCGGCACUGGUCGCAGGCAACCUCACGCUGCGGGUCCUCGGCCACGACCGCAUUUACUACGAAACGAUCAUCGUGGUGGCGCCGGCGCCGGCGCUUGCUGCCCCACGCACUCUAUUUGGCUGGCGCGGUGCGAACCUCAUCGUGGAAGGCGUGCAUUUGACAUCUGUGACGAGCUGCCGCGUUGGUACCGCGUUGGUGCCCGCCAUUAGCUCGGCCUACAACGUCUCUUGCGCGGCGCCACCGGGCUCUGGCACGGUCAACGUAACGUUAUUGGUGGGAGACGAGCCGGUACCGAGUGUACCAUGGCACUUUCAGUAUGUUGCGUCGAUGACAAUAUCUUCCAUCCACCCGACAGCCCUUGCCAUCGUCGAUCGCUCCAGCACGCUGUCGUUGUACGGCAACUUCAGCUCAGCAAUCACGUCGUACCAGUGCCGAUUCGGCGUAUCUACCACGACAGUUGCGUCGCUUGUAUCGACUUCUGAGCUCACGUGUGGUAUUCCGGUGCUGCCACUGGGCUCAACACCAAUCGCUGUGCUCUGGGACAGCGCCAACGUGAUUCCUGGCCCGCAACUGGUGUUUUCGACUCUGCCACCGCUCGCGUUCCCGUCGUUGGUCCCCAGCGAGGGACCGAGUGCGGGUGGCACCGUUGUCCGCGUGCAGACCCGUGGGCUGGCGCAAGCGCGCAACAUCACAUGCAUUUUUGGAUCACAGUGGCACGCUGGCAGCUACGACCACGUGACGCGCCACGUUCUCUGCAAGGCGCCACCGCAGGCGACCUCGGGUGUCGUGUCCGUAGCGCUCGUGGUGAACCACCAGACGUUCGCGACGAACUUGACGUAUGCGUACUUGGCAGUGCCGACGCUGCUCUCGGUGCAGCAAAGCCUCGAUGCUACGGAGCAGUGGCAUGUAGUCGUGACGACGUCGCCUACGAGCGCCCAGCGUCUCUGGCUGAAGACACCGGAUAUGCAAUGCCUGGCCGUCUUGUCGGGCACCCAAACAUUUGGUUGUGUUCUUGGAGCACCGACGCCGUCCACGCCGACUGCCCGCCUCUUUGUCUCGGUGAAUGGCGUGGACUUUGAGCCGAGUGCCCUAAUGCUGGACAUCGCGGCCGUGUUGCAAGCUGUGUUUGUGGACUUUGUCGAGCCGGCGUUUGUCCCGAUGAAUGCACCCGCGCUCACGGCGUCGGUGCACGGCGCCGGGCUCGGUAUCUGCGAUCCGAUGCUUCAAGGUGUUGAUUGCGUCUGUGUCUUUGGCGCAGAAGCGACCAAGGUCACAUACGUUUCUUCCGUGCGUGUGCACUGCCCGAUCCCGGCGCUACUGGCAGCCGUACCGUUCUCACUCAGCGCCAACGGUUCCGAGUACAUUCCGCUGACACGAUCCAGUCGAACGAUGCACGUUGCCGGCGACGUUGCGGUUGCAGCGGCCGCGCCGACGGCAGGCUUGGCCACGGGCGGGACCAUCGUGUCGGUGUCGGGUCUCGGGUUCUACCCCGCGCUUGGGUGCUGGCUCGACGCUCGAGUGUUUUUGCCUGCCAUGGUGCUGAACGCGACUUAUCUUGUGUGUACUCUACCCCCGCAAGGCGCACCGCCGGCGACGGUAACGAUCGUCAUCACGACCGAGCUCCAGCCCAACUUUGUGUCGGCCCCGCAGCUCACGUUCAAGUACCUCGAGGCGCCUUUGGUCACGGCGCUGUGGCCAUCGAUGGUUGCCAUGCACCCAAAUGCCUCCGUGUCGCUCACGCUGACGUCGUCAGUGCCGACGACGUUUCAAGAGCAAGCGAUGGACUGCCUCUUUGACCGCGAGGUUGCCUCCAAGGGGCUCGUUGUAGCGAUGACGUCGACGACACUGACGAUCACCUGCUCUGUACCGACACAGAUGGUCGCCGGUGUCGCCACGGUCGACUUGGUACUCAACGACCAACACGACAUCUGGACGGGGUGGUCCAUGGACGUCAUCGAUGGCAACACGCUACGCUCCGUCCUGCCGUCGUACGUGCCAACAAAUGCACGUGUCCCAAUCACGAUGCACUUACACUAUGAUGCGCUUGACGUCGAGCUCUCUUGCGUCUUUUACCAAGCGGCGACCAACCGGACGUGGCAAGCCCCCGCGCGGACAGUGGCCCCCCGCGCGUUCGACUGCCUCACGCCGCACGUGACGGUCGCAAGUGUUCUCGACAUUUGGCUGGAGCUCCACGGGCAGACGUACACGGACAAUCGACUCGUGCUUGCCGUCUACUUGCCACCCGAAGGCGUCGGCAUGCAGCCGGCUGUGUCGCUUCUCAACGGUGGCGCUGUCGUGCGCCUCUACGGUCGUCGAUUUCUCGCGACGCCGGAUCUCGCGUGUCAGUUUGGUGCAACGCAGUCCACGCCGGCACGCUUUGUAUCGGUACAUCAAGUCGAAUGCACGGCGCCGCCAUCGCCCUUGCCGACAAAUGUAUCUCUCGGUAUUGUCUAUUCCGGUGCACUCGUCAACUGGCUCAAUAUGUCGAUCGAGUACGUCGACGACGUCCGCAUUCUAGAUGUUACGCCGCCGAAUGGACCGCUUGGCGGACACACGCCGGUCGUUCUCUCGGCCACUGGGCUUCGCGCGUCGUGGCACCUGCAAUGUGCGUUUGAGCUCGGCACCGGUGACGCGUUGGUGCCGGCGACGUUCGAUGCAGCGCACCACACCGUGUCGUGUGCCGCGCCGCCGGCGGCUUGGCCCGAGACCGUCACGAUCUCACUCUACACAAGCGCCGAUGGCGUGCGACUGGCGUCGUUCCCAAUGAGCUACGCCUAUGUGCCCCCAAUGCAAGUGCUUUCGACGUUUCCGGCUCGCGGUAUCGCGGGUGUCGCGAUGCUGGUCGAUGUGCAUGGCGUCUUUUUGCGUCCGUCCAUCGUCUGCCGCAUCAACCAGGCGACGACGGCACCGGCGUUUUUCAUGUCGGAGAGCCAUGCGCGCUGUGCAGUCCCGGCGCUGGCGUCGACGUCGAUCGUCGUUCUUGAGGUCGCCAACAACGGCCUCGACUUCGUUCUGGCGACUAUUUUGCCGGUGGAUCCACCCUUGAACGCAACGAUGAUCUCGCCAAACAACGGUCCUAUCUCGGGUGGCACGACUCUAUACCUCCAAGGCGCCAACGUCGGCCAGGCUUCGCACUGCCGCAUCGAUCGCGUCAUCGUGCCCACCCGCAAGAUCAACGCGACAAUGGUGGCAUGCAUCGCGCCGCCGCAUUCGCGCGGUGUCGUCACCGUCGAACUUUCAAGCAAUGCCGCUGGCUACGUCCUGGCCAGCGUGAGCUACGAGUACCUCGUGGUGCCGUCGGUGGUGGCCGUCGAGCCACCGCGCGGUCAAGUGGCGUCCCGAAUCGUCGUUCUGGGGUCGGGGUUUGUCGACCGCGGUAACGUCUACUGUCGCUUCGGAAAACGCGCACUUGUACUCGCCCACGUGAGCUCGACUACGCGACUCGAGUGUGUUGUACCCGAUGUGCCUUUGACGAUCGUCGACGGGCGUUUGCAGCGAGCAUUGCAAGUCGAAGUGUCCCUCAACAACGGUGUCGACUACUCGGCGAACGGCGUGACGUUCGAGGUGCUGGAUGCCUAUCACGUGCGAUCGCUGCGACCACGCACCGGAUCGGCGCUUGGGGGCACCCGUGUCCGCCUCUUGGGCCAUGGCUUUCACCAAGCCAAACAACUUGCGUGCACGUUUGGCUCUGCUGUGGUGCCGGCCGUGUAUGUGUCGCCAACCGAGCUGCAGUGCGUCACGCUUGCUCACACGACGGGCGUCGUUCCAGUUGGCCUCCUCGAUGAAUCGGACGCCCUCACGGCGUUGCCAGCCACUUUGACCUUUGAAUUCACAUACGCGACGCUUCUCGAUACGAUCGUGCCGUCGGCUGGCGCGACCACCGGUGGUACCAUCGUUUCGGUCCUUGGCCGCCACAUUGGUUUUUCAACGACGCUGGCGUGCCGAUUCAACGCAACAACGGUGCCUGCCGUGUACAUCAACGCGUCAUGUGUCUCGUGCGUGGCGCCGGCGCACGCUGCCGGUACCGUCGACGUCACGUUGAGCAACGGUGGCCUCGAGGUGUCUCCGUCGUCAGUCGUGUUUGCCUACCGUGCGUUACCGGUGCUGAGUGCUCUUUCGAAUCGCACCGCGGUCAGUCCGCUCGGUGGUGAUGUCGUAGCGAUUGUCGGUACAUCCUUCGAGGGGCCGGUCACCUGCAUUUUUGACGACGGGCGAGCGUCUGGCCCAGGCAUGGUUCUAUCGUCGACGACAGUGACGUGCGUCGUGCCGCCCCGUGCCACUGCAAGUGUCGCGACGCUGUUUGUUGACGCGCUCAGUGGACGGUCCAACGUGCUCUCGCUACCGUACCUGGCCCCGACCGAAGUGUGGUCCAUCGUUCCGCCGUUCGGUUCGAGCGAUGGCGGUGGACAUCUGCGUCUUCACGGCACGGGCUUCAAUCAGUCGAGGGCACUAGAGUGCGUGUUUAGCGACGACAGCGGGUGGCGCCAGACGACACCUGCCAUCUUUGUCUCGCCGUCCGAGGCGUCGUGCGUCUCGCCGCAGGUCCCGCAUGUCUCGUCGCCCACGUCGCUGCGCGUCGAUGUGUAUCAUUUUGGCACCCCGGUGACGCAGCUUUCUGGUGUCUUUACAGCGCUGCCACCGCUUCAACUUCAAGUUGUGGAGCCGCGUGAAGCGGACAACAGCGGCAGUACCAUUGUAGCAUUCCGUGGCGCCAAGUUUUACCCGUCAAGUGCGCUGGCUUGCGUCUUUAACGCAUCCCGCGUCCCCGCAGCAUUCGAGAACGCUUCGUUUGCUACCUGCCGGACACCGGUGCAUGUGCCUGGCACCGUAGCUAUCGGGCUCACCAACAACGGCUUCGAUGUCGUGUGGCACGGCAACUUUACCUUUCGUGCACCAGUGUACGUGGCGUCCGUGGCGCCGACAACGGGCGUAACCACCGGGUCGACGACGGUGCGCAUUUCAGGCGCCAGCUUCUUUCCGGCGAUGCAACUCGAAUGCACGUUUGACACAACCACUGUGUUGGCCACGUUUGUGUCCCCAACGGCUGCCAUGUGCGUGGCGCCAGCAACAACCGACAACUAUACGUCGCGCACCGUGCGUUUCGCCGUCGGUCUGGUCAACCAAGCGCCAAAAGCCGUCGUUGCCUUCACUUACGUGGCGUUGGAGCGCAUUCUGUCGGUGACACCGGGGCGAGCGUGGAGCAUCGGUGGUACCGUUGUUACCGUGGCGACGCAAAACGUCCGCGUCUCUUCGAACGCGACGUGCUGGUUUGGCGCGACCGCCGUCCAAGCCUCCAAAGUGACGGCCUCGACGAUGGUGUGCGCAAGUCCGCAGGCGUCGCCGACGUCGUUGGCGUUCGCAGUCUCGUCAACGGCAUCUGCGCCGGCUUCUGUGGACCCGUUUUCGUUUGAGAUUCUACCGACGCCAGUGGUGACGGCCAUGCCGGUGGUGACGGCAUUUGUCGACGGCGGCAGCGACGUGACGCUCUAUGGCAAUCACUUGGAGUCGGUGUCGCAUUGCCGCAUCGGCAGUGCUGUUGUGCCCGCCUACGCUACGUCCACGCGACUGCGCUGUGUCACCCCGCCGCAACCGUCGCCAGGUACCUACGUCGUGUCGCUGCAGUCGUAUUUUGCGACACUGGCGACACCGUGGAAUGUGACGUAUGUACCGAUACCGGUACCACCGCCGGUCCCCGCGUUUGUCGAGUCGACGGUGCGCACCGAUCGACCCACGAUUACAUCGCUCUUUCCACCAACCGUGUCGUCCAGCGGCGGCACCGUGGUCACCGUCAUCGGGUCUUUGUUUCAAAACAUCCCGACGUUGCAGUGUAUGUUUGGCACGGUUGUUGUGCCGGCGUCGUACCGGUCACCGACGUCGCUUGUGUGCGUAUCUCCCCGGCACGUUCCGAUGCAACUGCUGGUCGAGGUGUCGAACGACGGCAUUCUCGCUUCCAUAUCGGCACGACAUGUAAUGGUCGCCAACGACGCCGUGCAGCGCGCGAUCUCGCCCGAGUUUGGCAACGUUGGCACGCGGGUGCGGGUAUUUGGCAACCAUUUUAGCCAGUCGCCUCUGCUCGUAUGCCGGUUUGGCCUCGCGGUGGUGUCCGCCACGUUUGUGUCGCGAACCGAAGUGACUUGCGUCGCUCCCGACCCGACCACUGUCUCGCUGAGCAACGGACGUGACGUCGUCGUCGUCCACACGUCCAACAACAAUGCAUCGUUCACGUCCCACGGCAGCUUCUUCACAUACGCGCCGACACCACUCGUGACGUCAUCGUGGCCACCCAUCGUGUCGCAGGUUGGCACGGGGUCGGUCACGGUGCGAGGCUACCACUUUCGACCCUACCCGGUGUCGUGUGUAUGGAACCGGCUCGUGGUGGUGCCGGCGACCGUGCACUCGAGUACGCUGCUGCAGUGCGCCGUACCGCCGUCGCUAGCCGUCGGACAGGCGACGCUGCAACUUAGCAUCUUGAACGGUCUCGAUCCAUCCCCGCCGACGACGACCGUAACGUUCGCAGCAGCGGUGACGCUCGUCGGUGUCGCGCCGGCGUCCGCACCGUCUUUGGCCAAUACGACGCUCGUACAUGUGUACGGCACGAGCUUUCGCUCGACGAUCGAGCUCAGCUGUCAAGUGGAUACGACACUCGUACCGGCGAUCUACGUCAACUCGACGACUGUGCAAUGUUUGUUGCCGCCGCAUCCCAUUGGGCGCGUCGCCCUCAGUGUGACGACCAAUGGCAUCGAGUUUGCCUCGCCAGUGGCAUUUUCGUUCGUGCCGGAUGUUCGCGUCGCCCGGGUCCGACCGACGUUUACGCUUCUACCAGGCCAAACACCGGUCUUUGUGCAGGGCCGACAUUUUCAAAACAUCUCGACGCUCGGGUGCCGCUUUGGCGAGCGGUUUGCUCAAGCCACGUAUCUCUCACCGGAGCUGCUGCUCUGCGUGGCACCGUCCCGUGUCGGCAACCUUGUGGCGCCUGCCACCACUGUGACGAUCGAAGUGACAGUCGACGGUAUUGCCUUCUCCACUAGCGGCGUGCCCUUUGAGUACCGCAGUUCAUGUCCGCGCGGGGCGUACUGCUGGGGCCACGACGUCUCUGCGUCGCCCAAUGGCACGUACAUCGGCGCGGAUGCACAGAACUUUACGCUUUGCACGCCUGGCACGUUCCAGCCGCGCGCCGGCCAAACUGCCUGCCUUCCGUGCCCCGUAGGUUAUUUCUGCCCGGAUUUUGGUCUCUCGCACCCCGUGCUGUGUCCUGCCGGCUACAUUUGCGACCGCCAAGCGCUCUCGACGCCGACAAUAUUGUGCAACCAAGGACACUACUGCAGUCGUGGGACCAAGACGAUGAACGUUCACGAGUGGGAGGCCAGCAACAACUAUUUGUGGAACAACGAGACGGGCCUCCUUGUCUUCAACGACAGCUCCAUGACGUGGCCGAUCGUGGCGCGCGUGCUCCCGGCAACCGGCGCGCGGCGACUGAACCAUCCACCGGUGUUGGAGGACCCGGGAUGUCUCGUGCGCAACUGCGUCAUCGGCAGCAGCGUCCUUGUGCCCGAAAAGCCCUACGUGUGCCCCCUUGGCAUGUACUGUUUCAAGGGCGCGACGACACUGUCGCCAAUGGCCAACAACUUUAGCACACCGCAGACCUGCUAUGCUGGCUUCUUCUGUCCGCGCGGCAGCUUUACGCCCGAAGGCACGGGGCCGUGCCCGACAGGCUACUUCUGCCCCAACCCGACAGACGCGCUGCUCUGCCCUUGUGGCAUGUACUGCCCGGGCGUCGGCAACACCAAGCCGAUAGCGUGUUACCCAGGCACAUAUCAACCGGCGACGGGCCAGCCCACGUGCGUGCUCUGUCCGAUUGGCUCGAUUUGUCCUGGCUGGAACAACACCGCGCCAACGCUGUGUCCGGCCGGCUUUGUGUGCUCGGCCGUCGGCUUGUCCCACCCGGUGCAGCUGUGCCCCGCCGGCUUUUACUGCAACGAAGGCACGUGGACGCUCGACCCGUCCGAGCUCUCGCCCCUCCGCCCGUACCCGUGCGCGACAGGCACGUUUUGCCUUGCGGGGAUCGAAGCGCCGCUCACGAUCGAUUGGCUGCCCAAUGUCCCAGCGGGGGCGACGUCGCGUCAAACGUGCACCGAAGGCGCGUUCUGCCUCGAGGGCACCACGGAAGCGACGUUGUGCUAUCCAGGGCACUACUGUCCACCAGGGACGACGUUUCCCGUCAUCACCCCCCCGGGUACUUUCUCGGGGGAGGACGGUGCGAUCGCGCCAAUGCUGUGUUUUCCCGGCACGUUUGCCGUCUUUGCAUCGAGCACCAACUGCCAAGUGUGCCCCGCGGGGUACACGUGCCCGGGGUACGGGAACUACAUUCCAAAGAUUUGCCCACCAGGGUCGUACCGGUCGAUCGCCGACUCGAUCACGUGCCGCCUGUGCCCCGCCGGCACGUGGUCGCCCAACUCUGGCGUCGCCGAUAUUUCGUACUGUGAACCGUGCCCCGCCGGGCGCGUCUGCGGCGUCCAAGGCAUGAACAACCUGACGCAGAGCAUCAUUUGUCCGUCCGGGUACGUGUGCGGCGAAGCCACGACGCUCGAUAUGCAAUACAUGCACGAGUGCCCCGCGGGGUACUUUUGCGGUGCCGAGACGACGCUCGCCACAGCAUUUGACAAUCUGUGUCCGCCGGGCAGCACGUGUCUCCGGGGCACCAAAGACACGGAGCGGACGCGGUACAUGUGCCCUGUCGGUGCAUUUUGCCCUCUAGGUACGGCCGACGGCACUGCGAAAGAGUGCCAGUGCCCGUCGCGCACCACGUCGCUCCCGGGCUCGAACGCACAGAUCGACUGCAGUAUUACGGAAAUCAGCGUCUGCGACAAGGACCCGGCCAAGUCGUACUACCCGCAGUUUACGUAUACGUUUCAAGGCGAGACCAAGAUCUUCAACUCGUGGGCGACGUCGAAUCCGACGGGCGAAGUCGAAGUUGUCACCAAAGUGCUCCCGGUGAACGCGUCGGCCAGUGCCUUAGGGUGGCACAACGGUACGAUCGACGUCAUGCGAGCGUGCCCGUCUCAGCUCUCGGCGACUGGCGGCGAGUUGCUCACUGUCAUCGGGCGGAACUUUCUCGAUACGAAUGAGCUCACAUGCGAGUUCCGGCUCGUCGACUCGAUCGUCUUCUUGUCAGUCCCCGCCACGUACGUCAACGGCAGCCGUGUGCAGUGCCGCACGCCGCCAAUGGCGCUCAACGGCGCGGCGUCCGUCGCCGCCAAAGUGCACGUGUCCAACUACGGUGUGCAUAUAUCGUCGACCGGCGCGGAUCUCACGUACGCAUCGUCGCCACCGAGCGCGAGUCCCUGCGGGUAUCGUGCGUCGGAAGAAGGGCCGUGGCCGCCGGAGCUCGGGUGGUUUGCGCUGCGUGGGCUCUCGGAGAUUCUCUUGUCGUUCGAUCUGCGCCACAUUCCUGUCGACAUGCUGUACGACGAGCACUUCAAAAUUGCCAUCUACGUCGCCCCGAGCCUCUGCAACAAUGCCGUGUGCAAUGCCAAGCGCGUGCGGCUGCCGUUGGGGGCAGCGACCGAGACGUCACCGUGUCGUCAGCCGCUACUUCUGCCAUCGUCCUUGACGUCGACAGCGUUUCAACAGCACGAUGUGCUCAACCUGACCCUUUUGGCGCUGGAAGACAUGCUCAUCAAGCCCGAGAUUCACAUCACGUACGGUCUCUUUGCGUCGGCGGCCGACCUGUUUGUGAACUCCACGUCGGUUGAGAUUCGGUCGCCAAGUCGCGCCAACAACACAGCUGGCAUCGUGGCCGACAGCCGCCCGCUCUCGCCCAUUAUUUCGUUCGAGGAGGAGCUCGUGCCGCGGGAUUACGCAUUCCUGGCCGUCUAUCGACGCGCGAUUGGCUUGAAUGUACCGUACCCGAUGAACCUCCCGCCGCGCUUUAGCCAGCUCGAGCGCGGUCGAGUGCUCCAAACCAACGUGGUCAGCGAGAAGAGUCCACAGCUCAACUUGCUCGACACGCCAGUGCCGGGGGUGACCACGGACGCGUACUGGAGCUCGCCCUUCUCGACGCUCGCGACCACCAUCGAUAUGGUCGCCAAGUACCGCGAGACGUUCCAGGGCCUCGCCUCCGACAAUUCUUCGUACGACAUGACCAACGUUAUGCUACCGUACUUGCCAUACUUUUCGCACUGCCGUGGAUAUGGCCGGUACAUGACGAUCUUCGACUUGCUCGAGAGCGACGAGCAUUGUCAGCUUCCCGCGCUCACCGAGCAGCCGGCAACGUGGUCUCGCCGCACCCUCCCGCCACUGCUCAACCAAGACGACGUGGUCGUCGUGGGGCCGGUCGAUAUUCUGCAAGACCCGAUCGCCGACUACUGCUACCGCGACGUCGCCUGCGAAUACGAAGAAGACUUGCGCUCGGUCGCCGUGAACCCGCGCUGGUUUGAAGCCAGCACGCUCACGUCGCUUUUCGAAAUGGUCAACGAGCCGGUCACGUACCAAGCGUACUCGACGGGCAGCGCGCUCUACGGGACACUGCUGGCGGCGGGCAACAGCGAUAUCUUUGUUCCUGUCCUCAUCGACCGAUCGGCGGCCGACGUGAUCGAAGGCGGCUGCACGAUCCAGUGCUUUCCACGCAAAAUGACACUCGAGAUUGCAUACUACCAAGUGACGCUCCAGCUCAAGCGGCUCAUUUUUGUCAAGCUCAUUUUCGACAACUUUGAUGUGGACACGACGCGGACCGACUAUGCACUGCACGUCGAGUACCACCCGCUUGGGUACCUCGAGCUCCUCAUCAACUUUGCGUUCGAGCCGUCCAUGUACAUCACGCUCUUCAACGUCAUGGGGCUCGUCGCAUGGGUUGGCUGUGCGAUGGCGUGGAUCAUCAAUCGGCUCAUGACGCGCAUUCGAGACCCGCCCAAGCUCUACUACUUGAGCUAUCUUUCGCUGAUUGCGCCGCCGCCAACGAUCGGUGCGAUUUUAGCGACACUGCCACUCUCGGCAAUCAUCGGGUCGUUCUACCUCUUGCUCAACGGCGACCUUGCGUUUUCGAUUUCCAACAACUACCCGGGGGCGUACCCGUACUGGCUCCUCGACAACGUCAAGAGUCAGUACAACGCUGCUUUGCUCGACCCGGCGCUCGUGACGACGAUGCGUCAUGGGCGGACGGGCUUUUGUUUUCUCCUGCUCGGGUGCUACUUGAUGAGCGAAGCGGCCGUCAUUUUCGUGCCCAAGACCAUUUCGAUUUCAGAGCGCGCGGCCGAAGAAAAGACCGAGACAAGCGACGCGCUCUUGCCAGAAGAAGACGACUCGCUGUGGAAACCAACGCCGUGGCUCCGGACGAGCUUCAUCUUUGCGAGUGUGCUCCAAGCGCUCUUCCUCACGGUCGUGGUCGAGUUUUCGUUUUGGAAGGACUUUCCGAAUUACCUCUGGUACAUUCUCUUUAUGACCAAGCUGCUCGUGCCUAUCAUCGACAUGGCGGGCGAGGCCAUGCUGCACGACCGACUCCUUCUCAGUCCGCUCAAGUGUGCGACCAACGUCGUCUUUGCUACGAUCACAAUGGCGGCGCCCGACUUGCUUGGGUUCAUGAUUGCGUUUUACAUUUUGUUUGGCGUCGCGUUCCUCCAUCGGCUCUACUUUGAUGUGGUUUUGGACGCGAUCUUUGGCCAUCUGCGCGCAUGUUUCCGGCUGCUUCAGAGAGCCGGGAAGGAAGUCCUCGGGCCCGACGGCAAGCCGAUCGACAACGACGAAGACGAAGCCAACAAGAAGAAGGAAGAAGACGCCAAGAAGGCGCUUUCGGACAAGGCGGCAAGCGACAAAGCGAGUGAAGAGGACGCGGACACGGUCGAGCCGAUCAUUGACUUCGCCAUGGAGUACGCCAUGGAAACGCUCGCAUUCUUCUUCCAGCCGACCAUGGUCAUCAUCAUGAUUGUGUUUCGGGCCGAGACGGGCAUUGCCGACAAUUACAGCAUCCGCGUCCAAGACCUCGAGUACUACUGUUACUUUUUCAUCGUCAUCAUCUCGUACCACCUGCUCGCGGACGUCUUCAUCUUGCACUCGCUCGAGCUCUUCAAGGGCUGGAAGCUCUACGACUACUUUGUCUACUGCCGGUACCGCUACAUCCAGCGCGAGAAGCGCUGGAAGGGCCUCGAGCACAACCUCGACGAGUGCAUUGAAGAAGGCCUUCGGCACCUCGACCAGAUUUGCUUUUCGUCCCAGUACCAUUUCAUGUGCGGUGUCCAAACCCUCGCGAUCCUCGCGCUCGUGGUCGCGAUCGAAAUCAUGGUGCGCAACAAAUACAAUAUGUUUGCCGACCCCGCGGUGCUGGCGCUUGUGCCGUACAUGGCACUAACGUGCUACUGCGUGCGCCGCAUCUGCCUCUACUUGAUCCGGAAGCUCGCCUUGUACAAGCUCCGGCACGAGUCGACCAUGUGGAUUGCCAACCCGGAAGACGAGAACAUGGACGUACCCAACUGGGAGGAGCUCGAGCGACUCAAAGGCGCGUCGCACGAAGCGUUCUUGAUGAACCAACGUCUGACGUCCGAGACGUUUCGGUACAAGUUCCUCAACUACAACCGCGCGUGGAUCAUCGAGCAGCUGCCCAACAUUCUCACGCCCCGAACGCUGCGGCGGGCGCGGCCGUACUUGAUCACGCAGUUUUCAAAGAUCAUUAGCAGUCUCAACCCCCAAGUGUCGGACGACGAUGACGACGACAGUGGCCGGCCGCAUUUCGGGCCCGUUUCGCUCACGGCGCCGUCCCGCGACAUCAUUCGGCUCUGGCUGGCCAAAGCGCGCCGCCGCCUCCGGCUUCGCGAAGCGGUGCAGCCCAUCAUCAACGCCGCGCGCAAGGUCGAGUGCGAGAGCUGCCUCAGUCGCCGCCAGCUCCAAGUCGAGCUCAUGAUUCCGCUCGAAGUCAUGGGCGACAAGUUUGACAAGGUGUACCCGAGUGACGAGUUCAACGUGGCCGAGUGGAAGGCGUUCUUCAUCAAGCACGAGAAGUUUCGGACGCUCUGCCUCAACUGCCUCGCCAAGCAGAAGCAAGAGGCACGCAUGCAGCCCCUCGGGCUCGGUGCCAACGACCAAACGAUGGCCGACGCCGAGACCGCAGCCGCCCUCGGCUUUGGGAGCGUCCACCUCAACGCGGCGUCGCGCGCAAUUCUACUCAAGUGGUACAAGCUUGGCCAGGACCGCGUGUUUGGCAAAACCGGCAAGCGCCGCGCGGUCGCCAACGUCAGCGACGACGAAGAGGACGCGGCGCUCCGGGGCGCCAAGUGGGCCAACCAACCAGUCUUCCUCAAUGCCGCUUCGACGGCGAUCGCUAUCAAGUGGCUUGUGGCCGGGCGCACUGCGAUCAAAUCCAAGAUGGGCGGGAAGAAGAUUCAACCCCUCGAGGCCGCGCCCAAACCCAAGCGCAAGAAGCCACCGACCAAGAGCAAGGACAUUGAGAAGGCGAAAUCUCGCCGCAAAUAA